AUUGCCUUUCGUGGCAACUUAUUGUACAGGCGAUUAAUUGAGAAAAGAUUGAAGCCAAAUGGAAUUUGAAAAAGUUGUUUACACUAGGCAAUUUUUUGUUUAACAGCCUUUAAUGGAAACCACCGUUUUAGCAAAUUAAAUGGAGAUAACAGGAAAAUAGUAACAAAUUGUAUUAUAUACAGUUUUCAAUUGUAAACGAAGUCACUUGCUACAAUUUUGUUUUGCCGAUGGAAACACAGGAUUGCUGGGAGAACAAGUUGAAUGGCCCAAAGUUUCCUGGCCACGAACUAUGUUGAAAGCCCGUUUACACUAGGCGAGAUUGCUUGUUACUAAAAAUAGCCUUUAUAAUCACUUAAUGUAAACACCUUGUAAUGUUACGCACCAGAAAACAACAAUUAUUAAUAAAAAAGGUGCCAUUUUUGAUAUGCUAAAUAAAAUACGUUGAACUAAUAUGUUUUUUGUUUGGGUUAGAUAUGAAAUAACUUUUUGGCCGCGAUUUUAAAUAUAAAAAAAGAAUGUAAAUGUAAUUGGUAAAAAUAAAUCUAUUUACAAAUGUCAGGGUUUUACGUGGGAAACUUUCAACGAUCGAGUGCAAAACAACUUAACAUUUUGCUAUCGUAAUUAAAACUUAUGUAUUUGCCUACAAAGAAAUGAAUAAUAGUAAUAGCUAGAUAAGCAAUAGAAAACAUUUGGCUUAAAAAAUUUGGUUCACCGAUUGAGAGACCAAUAUCCGAAGACAAAGCAUAUAAGGAGAAACAGAAAGUUAGUGGAAUAAAUGUAGAAACAUACUGUGUUGCAGAAGGAUCAAUUCAGGCAAUAAAUAAAUGUAGAAAUUGCAGAAAUAAUACCGCAGGUAAUAAAGUGAAUGAACUCGGUUGGAUGUGUAGUAAUAUAGCAGGUUGUUAUAUUUCAAGCCGGCAUUUGCAUAGAAAGCCACAAUGGAAUGGAUUUGAUACAUCUGCGAACAAUAAUAAAAAUAAGAAAUAUAUCUCACCAUUGCUAAAAUUUGUUUAACCUGCCAACAAAUUACUUUUUUUUGUAACGUUUCUUAAUUCAAAAAGUAACUGGAGAGGAAAAUAAACCGAAAUCAACAGGAAAAAAUAUCGCCAAGCAUGUAAGCAACGAGUGUAGUUUCUCUGCCAAAGCUUUCGCCUCCACAACAAAGCUCACAUGCAUCUUUUUCCUCCAAGGAAUAUGCAAAUUUGGACAAAGAAUUGCAACGAUUACAUCAAAGAGUUAACAAUAAUGAUCGAAUACCGGCUACGCUAUCAGCUAUAAAUUUAAUAUACGAUUUUCUGGCUAAAUACUAAAUUCAUGUUCAGCUUACCACCAGUCAAAUGGUGAUUUGUUAAUGGUAGUAUCUUUAAUUAGUCAAAAUAUUUGUUCAGAGUGUUACAUCAGACAUAAAGCUGGGUCCCAAUCGGUAUAUGCACGGCGAUGGAUGUUUAAACACCAUCUUACUUAAUAGAGGAAAAUGAAAGAUAGCGAACGUGAGUUUUAAUGCUACAAAAUUUGAGGAAGAAUAAAAUAUUUCCUCUAAGUGUCUACAACUGGAUUUCAAAAAGUAAAUUGCCUUAUAUUUACCAAAGGAAGUAUUUGUUUUAUCAACUUCUGCUCCAUACCGUAUAGAACAGUUCGAAUUGCAAAACAAUAACGAAAAGUGAGUGUAAACAUUUAUUUGUCAUCUUUGCCGUGAGAAAAGUUCCCCAAAUCAUUCAUAAUAAGUGAUCUAGCCGAAAUUUAUCUGGAUGAUGUUAACAAUAAAUUGAGUAAAAUAUGUUUAUCUAGUAAGAUACAUUCUGAUUUUCCGAACGCAUAUUACAAACUGAACUUAGCUCCUCUAAUUGUUACCAGAAGUAUAAGAAAAUCUUUAAUUUCAUUAACAAAAUCAUUUAAUAUGAAUAAUUAGAAAUGCCAAUUCCGCAACACAAGUCACCGUACAAUGUAAAGAAUGACGGAACCGGGCCAAAAUUUGAAACUCAUUAUAUUUGUACCGUACCCACAAGUAUAAAUGAAAAUUGCGUCAGCUUAUUCAGUAAGAGCGGGGAUGAUAAUAUUAAAAAUGUGCCCACAAUAGACAGCAUAGUAUCAAAAAAUAAUUCUUUAAGUCCGAAUACAACGAGUGAAAAGGGUAAAAGUUGGAAUUUCAUUAAGACUACGUUAAAUGUAUCAAAUGUCCCGCUGAAUAAUGAAGCCACUGCUAUAAAAUGUAUUCCUACGAGAGCAGCACAUAGGAGAAACGACGAUUUUCAAGAGGAGCAAAUUCCUUGUACAAACAUAGCAACACAUAGCUUAGAGUCGCCGUUGCCAUAUCAGGCUCUAAACUGUAACAGUAAUCAGAAUUUGUUAAAAACAAACACUCGAGAAUCCAUCGAACCGAAUAACAAUAGCUACAGCAAAAGUAGUAAUUCUAAAUCUGGUCUAAGCUCCAUUUUCUACAACAGCUCCACAAUCCACAGUACUAUAAGCGGCAAUAAAAUGGUUGGUGCACAAAAGAAAAUUCAGCAACAACCUUCACAAUCGCGUAAUUACGAGCAGAAUUUCCAUAACCAUAAAAGAGCAAGUGGACAUGAUGGGCAAGAUUUGUUAUUAUUAGAUAAAUCUGCCGUAAUUGAGUCCACAACGAAUACUCGAGCGAGCCAAAGUACCUUUACAGCUACGUAUAAUCGUGACAUUCACCAUGCAACGGAGAAAAUGUCCAAUAACGUUAGUGCCAAUGUUACCUCAGACAUUUCUCAUACAAACGACGCUUGCAUUAUGCAUUCAUUUACUGAUGAUAAUGUUUCCAUGAUGAAGAUAUGCAGCGAUGAUCUCAUAACAACAGCUAAGCUUUGUUCGGAACAGCAAGCACAAUUUGUGCAAAAGUAUGAUAUAAAUCGAAGUAGGUGCCACGCACAACAAAUUCCCCCUACUAUGCAAGAGUAUACGAACGCUGAUAACAGCGAGAAUGUACCUCUUUUUCCGAUAACAUUAUCUGCCAACCUGAAAAUUUUGCAGAUGCAACCAGAGACAGAAAAUAUCCACAGCCAUCCACAUCAGCAACAUCAAUUAACCCAUUACAAUAGUAGUAAUACUGGAAUACAAAAACUUGGCGAACCAGAAAAAAAUUGGUGUUCUUCGAAGUCUCUUACAGCAUUAUCCUUGGCCAGAAUAAUUUCGACAACAGCUACUGCGUCGUCUUCGACACUGGCUACACCUAUUACCUGUGCAUUGCCUAACAAAAUUGAUAUGUGUUCAUCAACAAGACUAUCAACUACAAAUCCGGAUUGCAAAAUACCUUGUAUUCUUACAAGUGCAGUUACAGCAACUUCAGAAAGCGAUUGUUCAGUCCUAAUGUCAUCCAGAACGGCUGCUACGGAAUGUCAGUUGGAACAACUACCGGAUGUAGGUGACACGUUUUCAUUCCAUGAGCAAAUCAUUAUGUCAGGACAGGAAAAGUGUGCCUUGCAGGCGAAACCUAAAUCUUUGGUUGUAUCUCCGCAACAAGUAAUGGUACUAUAUAUGCAUAAAUUAACGCCAUAUGAGCGCACAGAAAUAUUAGCUUAUCCGCAAAUAUAUUUCAUCGGUGCAAACGCUAAAAAGCGACCCGGUAUAUUCGGUCCAAAUAAUUCCGAUUACGAUAACGAUCAGGGCGCAUAUAUACACAUAUCACAUGAUCAUGUUGCUUAUCGCUAUGAAAUGCUCAAAGUGAUAGGUAAAGGUAGCUUUGGCCAAGUUAUCAAAGCAUAUGACCACAAAACGCAUGAGCAUGUCGCCCUGAAAAUUGUACGAAAUGAAAAACGCUUUCACCGGCAAGCACAGGAGGAAAUACGCAUUUUGCACCAUUUGCGGAGACAAGACAAGUAUAAUACAAUGAAUAUAAUCCACAUGUUCGAUUAUUUUACAUUUCGCAAUCAUAUGUGCAUUACUUUUGAGUUACUUAAUAUAAAUUUAUAUGAGUUGAUAAAAAAAAAUGGCUUCAAAGGUUUUAGCCUUCAACUUGUUCGAAAAUUCGCUCAUUCACUGCUGCAAUGCUUGGAUGCAUUAUAUAAAAAUGAGAUUAUUCACUGCGACAUGAAACCAGAAAAUGUAUUACUAAAACAGCAGGGGCGUUCAGGAAUAAAGAUAACAAAGAUGACACCAACAAUUAGAAAUAUAAUUCUUGAAGCGAGUUUUGCAGCAAUAAGAUGUUACGCGUAAUAGGCACUAGACGCAUUGACAGAAUGCAGCAAGUCAUAACACGUUCAUGCUUGAUCUACGCGUCUCCCACAGUCACUUUGUAAACAAUAACAAUCUCCUAAACUCAAACUAGUAGCAGAACGCACGUUUAAAAAAAACACUAAUAAGCCGACUUGAUUGUGUAAAAUUCCAAAAUAAUGUAAGUGAACCCAAACUUUUGACCGGUAGUGUAUUAUCUCACAACAUUUCGGGUUUAAGGACUAAAUCUUAUGUAAUGCACCUGGUUUGUAUCGAGGAGGCUUAUGACAUCUUUGUUACUGUUGAGACGUGGUUCACCUCGAAUUUUUAUGAUAAUGAAUUCUUUAACUAAAAUCUGUACGACGUUUUUCGUAAAGAUCGCGAUACUGCUAAAACUAUUUGCUUAAGAAGAGGUCGCGUUUUAAUUGCUGUCAAGAGGAGGUAUCGUGUGUUUUCAACUACGUUCAAAAAUGCUAAUAUUAAUUAUUGUAUAUCGAAGUGUAAUUCUCCAAUAUCCGAUGUCGAUAUUCAUCAUGCCACUUUAGAUAUUAAGUUAAAUUUUUUUACCUUCAUCGUGUGUUGAUGAAACUAUUUUUGAUUAUGCAUCCUGUAAUUAUGUCAACAUAAAUAAUUCCCUUUUAGAAUUUAAAUGGGAUGAAUUAUUGCCCGACUUGAUCAUUCACAGUUGUUUUUCUUAUUUUGAAUCAAUAAUGCAUAAUAAUAUUCCUUUAAAAAAGAAGCCCUGUUAUAAGUCACCUUGUCAUGAAAAUCAAGGAAUUAAGAAAUUUUAAAAAGAAGUAUCUUAAGAAAUUCAAAGCAACUAGUAAUCAGUAAUUUUUUGUAAUACAAGCAUUUUCAAAAGAAAUUUAAGUUCUUAGAUAAUCUGCUUUUCAAAAACUGUAUACUUAAUACUGAUCGGAACAUCAAAGCUAAUGUAACAGAGUAUUAUUCGAUGCGAAAUUUUCCUUUAGUGGUCACAUUAAUAUUAUUCUUUCAAAAUCUUAUUCGGUUCUAGGAUUCAUCCGUCGCAAUACGUCAGAAUUUUUUGAUCCGCAUACCUAUAAACUACCGUUUACAGCUCUUGUUCGUUCUCAUUUAUAAUUUGGAUUAAAUGUGUUUACUUAAUAUUGAUGCUUUCCAUUUCAAUUCAACCGGGCUAUUCGGGUCAUGUUCUUCGAUUUCGAUGUAACUUAAAAAUGUUGCUCUCUGGUCAAAAUAAUGAGACACGUAUUUUUUUGUUCGCCCGAAAAAAAUUUUUUUCAAGAGUUAUCGGCAAUUUUGUUUUUCGCCUCAAACUCGAUUUUUUUUAAUUAUAUAAGAAAUUUUUUUUUUAAAUUCCCAUAACAUAGUCAAAAAUGAACCGAUUUUAAUAGUUCUGGGUUCAAAAUGAUCGUAAUUACUUACACAAGCGACUUCAUGUAGAAAC